CCCAGUCGCCACGGCGAUACCCGUAUAAAAUCUUAAUUUCACCUCUUCUGAUCCCAAAAUAAUGGAGGAAUCAAAGAGCAGUGAACCAUCUCGCUGUCCGUGUGGCUUUUGGGGAUCCCCCAGUACACUGGGACUUUGCUCUACAUGCUACAAAGCACACCAAGAAAAAACCCAAGAUGCAUUGAAAAGUACACCCGACCAUAUGAUCAGGAAGCAAGAUUCUGGGCGACAGCUAAUGUCACGAUCACAUGACCUGGAGAGCAGCAACAACACUCCACAACCUAGCUCAUCCAAAGAUAAUUCAGUGCAAGCCGCUGAGAAUCUCUCAGAAAAAUUACAGGAACAUCUGAAACAUAUACCUGUGACAGAAAAUGUUUGUAUAGACACUAGCAGUGAAUUACAGACAACAUGUCUUACCACCAAUAAAAACUUUAACUCUGCCAGUAGUGAGGAGAACAAUACAAACCAGAAUGGAAAGUGUAGUAAUACAGACACGGCACAAGGACCGUCGGCUGUCGGGUCAAAUACAGAGGAUGAAACCAGGGGUAUAAAAAGACCUUUAGAACCAGAUUCCACUCCAGAAUCUACCCCAGAGAAAGGAAAACAAAAAAAUAGAAAGCGCUGCUUCCAGUGUAAUGCAAAGCUGGAGUUAGCUCAACGACAGAUUGGAAGAUGUCGAUGUGAAUUGAUCUUCUGUUCAUUACACAGACUGCCUGAGCUCCAUAACUGUGAAUUUGAUCACAAAGAAGAUGGGCGACUUCAGGCUCGCCAAAAAAUGGUUAAACCUACCAGGCAUUUAGGAAAUGAAUUUAGACGUCUGGAGUCAGACUCGUGAACCUGCCAUAAACUUUCAUUUCAUUUACAUCAAUAUUUCUUUUGUCUCUUGCAAACUGCCACUGUUUAAAUGAAGCAUGAAUUUCCACUUGCUGAAUGCAUUUUUAUAGAAGAUUUGAGUGUAAACAUUUCAGAUGUAUGUCAAUUUCUCAGUCAAAGAUUUAUAAUUAGAAUCAUGCUUUAUUUACAUUUUUUCUUCCCAGUGAAAAGUUCUGUGUCCAAGCAAUACAAUGUAAUCUCAGCCAGAUUGAGUGAUUACUGAUGUUAAUGUGCUAACAACAUCAAUGCACAUUCUAAGCCAAAUUUUUUUUCAUAAUUUUUCCUUUUUUUUCUUCUCAAUUUUCUGGGCAAGUUUUGUUGUCCUGAGGUUGAAAUAGAUAUAUUUCAAAUUAUAAUACAUGUGCAUAGUUCAUAAUUUUCAUUGAACAUUGAAGUCACAAAAUAGAAACGCACAUAUCAUCAUAUGGAAAAUACUUUCCAGGGUGCUUUUUAUUGUAAUAUUUAUUUUCAUCCUUUUUUUGUUGCUUCUGAUUUGCAAAGAAACAACUAUUCUAUGUUUAGAAUGAUAUAUUUCUGAGAAAACAGUGCUGUUACAGGAGAUUCCUUCCCAAUGUACAGAUGUGAUUUUGUGUUUGACAGUAAGAGAUAAACACACAACUUUGAUUGUUUUAUUUGUUGUAAGGUUUUUCAUUCAAACUGAGCAUUCUAAGUGUAAGUAAUAACAGCUUUACUUACUCUCACAUUCACCCAGUAAUAGAUUUGUAAUGACAUCAGAUUUAAUUAGCAUGAUAUAGAUUGUACAAUAUCAAUUAAGUUGUUAUCUGUGUGUCUACACCUUGCAAAAUAUUGAACAAUGGAUUCAGAUGUUGCUUUCAGGUUAGCCAUUGGGGAUGGCUGUCUCCCUUUUUUGUAACUAGGUCAGAUAGUUGUCUCCCUUCCCUUAACUAGGUUAGAGUGUGGUGUGUAAUGCAGUUUCACCAGACAUUCACAAACUGUUCUGAUUCAAUUCUAAGUAGUAACUACAAUACACCUAUUUCUGGUUAAAAGAAAAACUUGUGUAUACCGGUGUAGAACAGCUUUAUUUUUUCUUUGUAAUUAAGUUAUGAUGAGAGUGUCAAUAAGAUUUGUUACCAGACUCUCCGAUAUCCAUCACCAAUUUAUGUUGUCCUUAAUGUCAGAUCUCUACAUCAACUUUACUAUGCAGUAGUUAAUUCUGAAUGAAAAUUGGAAUGGACAGCAUCACAUACCAUUGUUGUCAUGUCAGGUCUUUUGAUUUGCGUUUCAUUACUGAAACCAAUAUUUUCCAUCUGUAGAUUUAGCAGAGCAAUCAAAGUGAUUGAUUUUUGACAGAUAAUGAAGCUGUGUUAAUGUUUGUACAUUAAGUCUCUACAUAUGUAUGCUGAUUGGAUUCCCAUAUCUCAAAAGAAACCCUGAUGUUAGAUACCUGUUGACCUGUGACCUCUAAACCAAUGUGGAGUAACAAUCAAUCUAGUUAAGAUUGGACUUGUAAUUGAUGCUCAUCUACGAUAUGCUGCAAUAUAAGUACAAUUUUGAUUAGCUUGGAGUGUUAAAUAUAUUUGUUGGCAGUUGACCUUCACUUAACCUCCAAACAAACUCUGUAGUAACUUUGUUUUUAUGAAUACAGUGGUAUGUCAUUGCUUGAUUUUAUCAAAUUCAGAGAUGCAAAAGUAAAGUUGGAAUUUUUGACCUGAUUGUGAAGACUAUGAAAGUUAUAUUUAUACCUACAAAAUGAGUACAUGUGAACUAAAAGGUACUACAAUGUAGUCUUAUAUAUUUAUAGAAUAUUUUGUGACUUGUGUUGAGGUUUUUCCUCAUUGUAGCUGAAACAACAAAGUGAAACUGUGUUGGAUACUUUCUUCAGUUAUUUAUGUAUCUGUAAAAUGUUACUUUGUAUGUGGUUUACUCAUACAGCAAGCUGUUUUAUUAAUAACAUUGUAAAAUUUCAAAAAAUGCUUAAACAAAGUUUCUAUAUGAAGUUCUCAGUCACUACAUUUUGGCUGCAUGAUACAGAAUUGGUCAGAUUUUCAUAGUUACUUUUAAUUAUUAACAACAUAUGUCUACGCCUAUGUAAUAUACAACUGAUAAUGGUAUGUACCUGCUGCAGUAGACCAAAUCUGUGGAUGUCUCUUGAUGCUUAUUGCUGUGGAAAUAUUUUUUACCAGUAUUUACCAGUAAAGAAAGAUUACUUGGAAUUAAGACACUGACUGGAGAGAGCACUCUGGAACACUUUUUUACCUAAAAUAAUUACAGGUGUCUAGACAAAGUAUAUUUUUCAGUAUUUGUGUAGGGUAGGGAUGUUUUUAACUUUCAAGGAUACCACCAUUUAACAACAAUACGCUAUUUAAAACCAUAUUUUUUUUAAAUUUGAACAAAUGUUGUAAUGCAGCUAUAGGUCUGGUACUCCUUUAUAAACGCAAAUCUGAAUCCAAAGGUGUCUGGCUCAUGUGAGUAAAUUGGUGUGGUGUUGGAUUGUGUGGCUGUUGGAUCCUCCGAUAUGUACGCUGUAUAUUUGCCUGACUGUAGGCUGUUAUUGCUGUACACAAGAUCAUACCCGACUUGAUUUUACAUAAUAUAUCCCUGUAAAUAGCCAUGAAUUCUACAAGUUUGUGUAAAAGUGUGUUUAUCAUUUCUACAAACCCACACAUUUGAAAUGAUUCUGUGUAACUAUUGAAUCAUCACCCUGUUAAUGUUGAUUGUCUGUUACCAGUUCUGUAUUGUCCUAUAUAUGUUAUCAGUUUGGAAAGAACAUUAAAUCACCCUGUACCAAACAUACAUGUUACACAGCUUUCUACAGCUGUAGUAAGGUUGAUAUGGUUAGCUACUUUACUGGAAAAAAAGAAAUUGUGAAGAUAUUAUCAAAUUUCCAAGGGAACUUAAUCUGUGUUAUUAAAGACGUUUUGAUGAUGUGAUGUUGUAUUUCUGACGGGUAACAAAUGAUAGUUCUGUCAGGUAGUUAUUUAUUUGUAUACAUGUCAAAUUUUAUUUAGGAAACACUAGGAAUAUUACAUUAUUACUGAAAUUUAUUAGUUCCUGGAAUAUUUACCAAUUGUUAUCAUACAGCAUAGUGAUAGAUAUGUCUCAUGUAUGAGUUUUCAUUUUACAUGAAAAUGAAACAUGUUUUCUAAUUUCUGUAAUCUUGCUAUGUUCAAACAUGUAAUGUUAUUCAAGCAAUCAUUUUGAUGCCUAUGACUGAGAAAUCAGCCGUCUUGGACCACAAAAUUUACCAUACAGUGUUACAUCCCAUUGCAAUUCCACAGUGUAGAUUGUGUGCUACUUUGUUGCUGUUUCACCUACAUUCACGAAACACACAGAUCUGAUGAUCUGACAUUAUUGUGGUUUUAUGGCAUCACAAUUGGGAACAUUACUCUCAGUCAAUGCCAUCCCUUUGUAUACCAACUCACAUCGUACUUUGGUAUACAUGAAUGAUAAAGUUCUUUCAAUAUACACUAUUUAACCUUUCUAGGUCUUGUAUACUGGUACACAUGUACUUGAUUACUGAUCAGUCUAAUGUUAGGGUAUACAGUUUACAGCCUUUCUAAGGGAGACAAGUCUGUCCUUAAAUACUUAUAUAAUAGAAUUAGAAGAAAUAUAUCUGUCCAAAUUUUCAAUGUAGGAUAGUUGUGUCUGUUCCAAUGUUAUGUAGUCGUAGUGUAGUUUUGUUCUGUUUAUCUGGUACAGGAAUUCAACGUUUUGACUUUCCCUUAUUUUCAUCAGUAGCAAUAAUCCUGUUAAGUUUAUAGCAAAUAUAGUAUUGUAGUUUAUAGUGUUGUUCUUUAUUUGUUUGAAAUCGUAUGUUUGAAAUAACUUACUUGGCAUAUUGAGUUUUUACAUGCAGCAUUCAGUUUGACUUUCAGAAUUAAUUUCACAUUCUAGGUUAUUUAUUUCAAGAUUAUAACUCAUGCUUUCAGAAUCAUUUCAUGGUGGUAUUUAGGGACAUAUUUGCCCUCCUGUUGGUGGCAGUAACCAGACACAGCCUGCUGGGUCAGUAAUUAUCUUAUAUGUUGUAGAUAAUGUUUAGUUAUUUCCUGGUGUCUUGUGUAUAGUCGCCAAUAAGGAAUGCUACAAGUACUUUAUAGGUUCCAGCCAGUAAGGUAUUUCAAGAAAUUUGCUGGAAAAAUUUAUCAAGCAUGUCUUUGCUAAAGUGUUUUUAUCAUACAGUUCUUCAACAGAAACAUAUGGUAGUAAUGUUAGUACAAGACAAUGUUUUUAUAUACUUGAGUUUACCUAUAAACAGUUUUGUAAAAAAAAUACUGUUGAGUCCUGGUGAGAUUUCAAUCACAUUUCCUAUAACACGCAGAGAUUUGAAAUAUGAGGUGAUGCUAUAAAAAAUUCACUGACAUCUAUUGACCUUCUGCCAUUUCCCAGCAUAGGAUUAGUUGGGAAGGGGUAGGAGGCUGAAUGUGUUAAAAAUGAUUCUGUGCAGUGUUGGUGAGAUUCCUAGCCAUCCCACUCUUUAAUUCUUAAAUAGCAAUGGUUCACUAAUUUAAUUGUCUAAAAGGCUUUGACCUUAAGUCAUUGGCAGUUAUCUACAGAGGAUGACAUAAACCAAAUAACAUAACCACACUCAACAAGUGAUCAAAACAUAGCAUUUGUAAGGAAGACACUAUAUUUUGGUGUCUUACCAGUUACACAGUCAUAACCAUAGUAAGAUAGACACAUGUAGUGUCUAUCCAGUUACAUAAUCUUAACCAUAUAGACAUGUUUUGUCUUGCCAGUUUCACCAUCUUAACCAUGUAAGAAUGUAGACACAACCAAAGGAAGAUGGUGUUUUACUAGUUAAAAAAUCUGAACCAUAAAUACCACAGCUUCUGUCGUCUGUCGAGCUUUUCCUACAAGUGCUACUAGUCAUGAAUGACGGAGUGAAUUUUAACCAAAAAUGGUAAAUAUCGGGCAAGAGAAGCUGGGCCCAAUAUAGGAAUUAGGGUAAAUUCUUUGAAAUUGUUCUUUGUAUGUGGGAUUGCCUGGAUUCUGUCCCAAUUUGGUCCGAGAUAGGCUUGAGUGAAGAGGGAUCAAUUUUUUGUGAACAGUGGCUUUCCAACUCCCAAGAUGAGAGGGAUGGGGCCCCAUAGUGGAAACGGAGCAAAAUUUCUUAAAUCCUUCUGUUGUAACGAUUUGAUUUUGUCCAGAUUUGAUCUGCAGCAUCCUUGGUGAGGAAAAUACAGUUUUGUACACACUGUACAUUAACCCUCUCUAGGAGGAGGGGGCCAAAUAGGGAAAAUAUUUAACCUUCAAUUUUGUAAUCGAUCAAUUUCAACAAGCUCAACCAGGUGAGCAAUACAGGCAUUAUGAGCUUCUUAUUAUAAAAGACAUCUGGGGUGUCUUACCAUUUACAAUAGCUUGAUCCUAUCGACACACGGUGUCUUUCAGUUGCACCAUCUUACUCUGACAGACACAUGUGGUGUCUUACAAGUCAUAAUAUCUUAACAAUAAUAUGUUGUCUUAAUAGUUUACAUUAUCUUAAUCAUAGGAAUAUAGACACUAGUGGUGUCUUACCAGCUGUCACUUAAACAACAGUGAGUUGUUGACCACUUCAAGCAAAAACUUGAACUGAAUAUCCACACAUCACCAAUAGUUCACUACAUUGCUAACUUGGAGCUUGGAAGUAAUCACUUUGAAAAAGUAUAAGAAAUAUAAUUAAUAUAUUUUACAAAUAUACCAUUUAUGUAAUUGUAUGUCACAGUAUUUUCCCAUACUACCUCUUUGUAUAAAAUACAAUAUACAGCUAUGGAUGCAUCUGAAUAAACCUCUUUUA